ACUUCAUACACCAAGAUGACAAUGGAAGAGGAACCAGACGUUGGGUGCUGGUAAUAAUGCAGGAGCAAUGAGAACUGGUUACGAGCUGAGAGGAACUUCUGAUGCAGUUGUUGAAGUGUGAUAAGGAAUUAGUGCAACAUUUUAGAUCCGGACAGAAGUGGGAACAAUGCAGAUAGACAGGAAGCUAUAGUUAUACUUCAUAUAUUUGCAUAUACAAUAACAACCUGACGUGAGAGGCGAUGCAAGCUUACACCUGGUUAAGCACAUUAACACAGCGACUGUGUGACAAUGUGAAGGUUUGCAAGCUCAUCAAAACAGGUGUCGUAACACGCCCAGCCAGAAGGAUGCCAGUAGGAGAUGCCUUCUGAUAAUACCAUAGCCACAUGUGACCAAUCCUCUGCCUGAGCUGCAUGAGUUUGCUAUGAGCAGGAGAGCAGCUCUGUCACACGGCCACAUAAAGCACAGCUCCACUCUGCUGUGAGCCCAGAGUCCCACCAGUAGCUCCCCUCACACAGGUGUGUGGUCCUCAGCCAUGUGAGAUCUGGGACACAGGUGGAUCUUUGGAGCCCUGGCCACCUCUCAACCUGCCAGCAUUCUUACUGCAGCAUUUCCUCUAUGAGAACAUUUCCAGUUGAGCUCUACUAGUGACUAACACAUUUUAGAUACAUCAAUUCUUAAAUACAUAUCUAACUAGCUUAAAUAAAACCUACCACAAACCCCAAGCAACUUUCAGUUGAAUUAAGAUGGCACUACAUAUUUGAGUUAAAAGCACUUUUUUUUUUUUUUUUUUUCUUUUUAAUGGAAUUCUUCUGCUAUAAUUGAAACUUGCUAAAAUAUCAAGCCACGUUCAACGUCAGGGAGGAAAUUACUUCUAGUGUAAGUUAACCAACCAGCCCUGGAGGUGCCCAAUGCCGGGCUGGAUGCGGCCCUGGGCAGCUUGAGCUGUCGGAGGGCUGGGUGGGCUUCGAGGCCCCUGGCAACCCAACCAUUCUGUGGUCGUGUGACCCAUACUCCAGCUACGCCCAAUGACCGCCAGCCCUCAGGUGUCCGGGCAGCAGAGGCCAAGGUACGCACAGUGCAGACCCGGACCGAUCGCAGCUGUGCUGCAGGAGGCACGGGCAGCGCCGUCCCGCUGCAGGGCGGCACUCUCCUCCUUGUCCCCAGCCGGGAGGAACGCCUCUGCUUAACGACUGCCCGCUUACAUCCCCGGAGCCCCGUCAAAACUCCUCCCCAGCCGGGGCCGCACGGCAAUUCAACGCGCUGGCGCGAGUCCAGGCCGCAGCGCGGCGGCAAUAAGCAAACAACCGCGCUGAAUAAACAGCCGCUGUGCCCGCCAGCGCCGGGCUGCGGGAACGGGGAACGACCGACCGACGCACGUUACAGCAAACCUGGACGGACGUCGCGAUCACAGAGCUGCCGUAUCAGGACAUGGACUGGGACCAGUUUGACCUGAACCCGAAGGUGAUUGCUGCCCUUAAGAAAGCUGACAUAAAAUCAAUAAAAGAGGUGUUAAAUCUUUCUGGAGCAGACUUGCAAAGGUUGAUGAAGCUGUCCAGUGCAGAUGUGGAGUGUUUGCUGAAAACGGUUUCUCGCACUCUGAGGAAAAACUGUAUGCUUACAGCACUUCAGCUCUACCAAGAUAAGGAUUGUUUCUCCUCCCAGUGCCAGAAGCUAAGCCUGGGAUGUUCAGUGCUUGAUGACUUGUUGAAAGGUGGCAUUCCUUUAGUGGGAAUCACAGAACUUGCUGGGGAAAGUUCUGCUGGGAAGACUCAGAUUGGUUUGCAGCUGUGUCUUUGUGUGCAGUAUCCUUACAGAUAUGGUGGAUUAGAGUCGGGAGCUGUCUACAUUUGUACAGAAGAUGCAUUCCCAAGUAAACGUUUGCACCAGCUGAUAGCUCAACAGCAUAAGCUGCGUGCAGAUGUGCCACCUGAAAUCAUACAAAAGAUCAGGUUUGGGAACAGUAUCUUUGUUGAGCACGCAGCAGACCUGGACACCUUCCACAACUGCAUUACAAAGAAGCUCUCCCUCCUGCUCACAAGAGGCAUGGUGCGGUUAGUGGUCAUCGAUUCCAUUGCUGCUUUGUUUCGAUGUGAAUUUGGAGCUUCAGAGUCUGUUCUGAAGGCUCGUUAUUUGCAGACAUUUGGAGCACAGCUCCACGGCUUAAGCACCAGAUUCAGGACUCCAAUAAUGUGCAUUAAUCAGGUGACUGAUGCUGUGAGUGAGUCAGAAGCUGUGCAGUAUGGCUACAGAAUCCAAGAUAUUCCAUAUGAAAUUCAUACAUGCAGAAAUCUGUACUGGUUUCUUUAUAGUACUGCUGAGAGCAGAGUCUUUCCAGCACUAGGAAUAACCUGGGCAAAUCAGCUGCUAAUGAGACUGAUGGUCAGCAGAGUGCCACAACCUGAAACAACACCUGGAGCUGUGUCACACCACCCUGCAAGCCUGAGGACUUUAAGAGUAGUAUUUGCUCCUCAUCUACCUCCAUCCUCCUGCUGCUAUACAGUAAGAUUGGAAGGUGUGAAAGGAAUUAAGUUUCUCGAUGAAAUGACAGUGAAUACUAUUUGUAACAAAUGCCAUUUGUUCUGGGGUGAGAUGAACGGGACCUCCGAACUGGAUUUCUUCCAUUGCUGUAACCAACAGUAAUGAGACACGCAGAGCAAAAUGCUGCAUCUUAAAGCCAAUCUCAGAAAGCUUUAAGUUUGUAAUCAGAUACGAAAUCCACACAUCAAAAAAAUAUAUGUAUAAAACCAAAACUAUUUUCCUCAAAAUGACAAAUGAACAUUAAAAAAUAUUUUUUUUCUUCACUACUGACCUGGACUAAUCAGUGUACUGAGUCUAUCAGAAUGGUUUGAAAAACAUCAACUGUAAAUGUUCAAAAUCUACCUCGAAACCACUUAGAAAACCCCAACGCUGAUACAAAUAUUUCUAUGUCUGUGACAAUGUAAAGUUGUUAUAA